AAUAUUUACUACGAUUAUUUCUCGCAUACAAUGUUUUGGAACGCAUAGAGAGUCGGUGAUUAAUUUUAUUGUUAUGAUUGUUUGUUGGUUUGUUUUUCGUAUAAGAGAUUUACUUUCCACACUCCCGCUUAGUGGAUGGCGCUAAAGCACCGAAAGCUGUUUGCCAACCGCCAUAAAGAAGUAAAAGAAGAAGAAAGUCAGGUGAUUCUGUAGUGACGCAUGCGCAGAUACCGUCAGCGUAGAGAAGUCACGCAUGCGCGGUGCAACCUAAGGCGCUUCCUGUCAAGAUGUCGCUGUCCGCGGGAGCCGUGCUGUGGAGGACGUGCUCCAGGUCGUUCCGGAGGCCCGCGCCGCUGUUCGCCGCUGCUGUCCGAGCACAGAGCUCCGCGGGCCGGGACCUGGUGCCGCGGACCUCCCUGUCGAGGCCUCCGUGGCCCGAGCAGAUGAGCCCGUUCUCGGAGGAGGAGGAGCGGGGCCGACACGCCGCGCUGGUGAGCGCCGUGAACCGGCGCAUCGAGCGGCAGGACUUCGGCCGCCUGUUCGCCGUCGUGCACUUCGCCAGCCGCCAGUGGAAGGUCACCGGCGAGGACCUGAUCCUGAUCGAGAACCACCUGGAGGCCGGCUGCGGGGAGCGCAUCCGCAUGGAGAAGGUGCUGCUGGUGGGCGCGCAGGACUUCACCCUGAUGGGUCGGCCCCUGCUGGCCAAGGACCUGGUCCGGGUCGAGGCCACCGUGAUCGAGAAGACCGAGUCCUGGCCCAAAGUCCACAUGCAGUUCUGGAAGCGGCACCGGUUCCACCGCAAGAGGAUCAUCGUGCAGCCGCAGACGGUGCUGCGGAUCAACGGCAUCGAGCUGGCGGCCCGGCUCUCCUGAGGAAGAGGAGGAGGAAGAGGAGUGGACUGUUGCACACGGACUGGUUAUUUGUUAAUUUGCUUUAAUGCGACAAUGUGACACGUUGUUGUAAAUAAAGUGUCAUCUUUUGCA